GCUCUAUAAAAUUGUUUCCCUAAUGUAUAGCUCUAUAAAAUCACUCAAUAUCCAGGCCAAAUCAGAACAUGUCCUCCACUCUUUCGUUUACGAACAAGAAAUUCACAGGAAGAGAUGAGUUCCAAUCCCAAGCCUCACGCAGUAUGCAUCCCAUUCCCAGCCCAAAGCCACAUCAAGGCCAUGCUCAAAAUGGCUAAGCUCCUCCACUCCCAAGGCUUCCACAUAACCUCGUCAACACCGACCUCAACCACGCCCGCAUGCUCGAGGCAGGUGGGCCUACCCAAGUCCAACAUGCCGACUUCCACUUCGUGCCGCUCCUUGAUGGCCUUGGUCCGGAAAUCAGCCAGCAUCUCACUUCCGUCUGCGUAUCAGUAAGGAGGGACUUCCUCUGCCUGUUUAGGGAUCUCAUCGAUAAACUUAACAGCAACCGUACUUCAGAGGGGGCCGAGGAUGCUUCUCCGCCGGUCACUUGCAUAGUGUCGGAUGGGUUUAUGACUUUCUCCAUAAGAGUUGCUGAAGAGCUUGGGAUUCCAGUCGCUAUGUUCUUCACCAUUUCUGCAUGUGCAUUUAUGGGCAUCUUACAGUACAGAGAUCUCAAGGACAGAGGCAUAGUUCCACUUAAAGAAAAUAGUUACAUCACUAAUGGGUACUUGAACACAACCUUGGACUGGAUUCCUGGCAUGAAAGAUAUUCAACUGAAGGAUCUCCCAACUUUUCUCCGAACAACAGACCCGGAUGACAUACUGUUCAAUAUAAUCAUGGAAAGCGCUGACAACGCCCCGAGAGCUACCACGACAAUCCUCCAUACAUUCGAUGUGCUAGAAACCGAAAUAUUGCGUGCUGUCUCUCCUUUAUUUUCUUCGAUUCAUGCCAUCGGGCCUCUUCAAUUGCUUCUAGAUCAUAAAGCUCCUGCAGACCCUUUAAGGGCAGUCGACUAUAAUCCAUGGAAUGAAGAUACCGAGUGCCUUAAGUGGCUUGACUCUAAGGAAACUGGGACAGUCAUCUACGUGAACUUUGGGAGCAUAGCAGUGCUCACCCUGGAACAACUAAUCGAGAUAGGGAUGGGCCUUGCUAUGAGCAAGUACCAUUUCCUUUGGGUGAUAAGGCCCAACCUCGUGGUUGGAGAAUCGGCGAGCCUGCCCCCAGAGUUUGCAGCCAAGACUGAAGGAAGGGGAUUCAUCACAAGCUGGUGCCCGCAGGAGAGAGUGCUGAAUCACCCAUCCGUUGGAGGUUUCCUAACACACUGCGGAUGGAACUCAAUCAUGGAGAGCAUAGUCGCAGGGGUGCCGAUGAUCUGUUGGCCAUUUCUGGGAGAUCAACAGACGAAUUGCAGGUUCUGCUGUAGGGAAUGGGGGAUUGGGAUGGAGAUCAAUGAGGACGUGAAUAGGGUUGAGGUGGUGAAGUUGGUGAAGGAGUUGAUGGAAGGAGGAGAGGGCAGAAUAAUGAAGGAGAGAGUCAUGGAAUGGAAGCAACUCGCACGGGAGGCUGUUGGUCCAGACGGCUCAUCGGCCAUGAACUUUGACAAGUUAUUGCACAUUCUUUCCUAGGGCUAGCUGUGUGUGAUUAUAAACAAUAGUUCCAUUGGGAUUUCUCGUUGAUGUUUAUUAGAAGGUAAUUCGGGUCUAUCAUCCAUGUCAAGUGUUAUUAUAUAUUGAUACUGUCAGUGACCAGAUAGAGUGAAUUGGGGCUGGGCCUUAAUUUGGCCCUUCAGAGAUUUCGCUGGGAUCUGUUGUGGAUUUGUUAGACGGAAAAAUUGUGAUCUGAUCCAGCUAUUUAUAGAGAUCCUCUGAACUUUGUCCCCUAGUAAUACCACCAUUUAUUGUUUUUCAUUA